AUGACAGACAACGUGUCUCUGUGGGUUUCCACACCUGCAGAUCCUUUACAGAACGUCUCUGUCUUCUCCCUGCUGAACUCAUCUGCUCCACCCUCUCCUCCACCCUGGGAGGCUCCAUCCUUCACUGUGGCUGCCCGCUGCCGUGUAGCUGCCACCCUGGUGCUGUUUGUCUUUGCUGCUGGCAGUAACCUGUCGGUACUGAUCAGUGUGUGCUGGGGGCGAGGCUAUCGCCUGGCAGCACACCUCCGCCCGCUCAUUGCCAGUUUGGCAUCAGCUGACCUGGUGAUGACUUUUGUGGUCAUGCCCCUGGAUGCCAUUUGGAAUAUUACAGUGCAGUGGUAUGCUGGGGAUGUCAUGUGUAAGCUGCUGUGUUUCCUGAAGCUCUUUGCCAUGCAUUCAGCAGCAUUCAUACUAGUGGUGGUAAGUCUGGACCGCUAUCGGGCCAUCCUGCAUCCCCUGGAUUCUCUCGAUGCUGGGCUCAGGAACAGACACAUGCUGCUGGUGGCCUGGACUCUGAGUCUGCUGCUGGCAUCUCCACAGCUGUUCAUCUUUCGGGCCAUUAAAGCUGACGGAGUGGACUUCACUCAGUGUGUAACCCAUGGAAGUUUCCAGUAUCUCUGGCAGGAGACGGCAUACAACAUGUUUCACUUUGUGACACUGUAUGUCUUCCCGCUACUUGUCAUGACUUUCUGCUACACCCGCAUCCUCACCAAGAUCAAUGGCCAAAUGCACAAGAGCAAAGAUGGUGAGCACUGCCUCAGACGCAGUGGAACAGACAUGAUUCCAAAAGCCCGGAUUAAGACCCUAAAGAUGACAAUUGUGAUUGUUAGCUCCUUUGUCAUCUGUUGGACACCCUACUACCUCCUGGGGAUCUGGUACUGGUUCCAGCCAGCCAUGAUCAAGCACACACCUGAGUAUGUGCAUCACAUACUGUUUGUCUUUGGCAACCUAAACACAUGCUGUGACCCAGUCAUCUACAGCUUCUACACGCCUUCUUUCCGGGCUGACCUCGCUGAUGUGUUGGCAUGCUGCCGUGGUCGCCGAUUCAACAGUGCCUCACCUCGCUCUGUGGAUCGUCUGUCUGCCCGAAGUGGUGGAGCUGCUGUGGAGAUGGAGUCUGAUCUGAGCUCAAACCAGCACAGUGGGAACCCUGGUUAAACAGUGGUGACUCAGGAAAUAAGUUUUGUGACAAAAUACCGUUACAAUAUGUUCUUAAGGCAGGUGUUAGCUGUUAGAUGAUCAUGCAUGAGAACAUUAUGGGAAGAACUUUUCUUGUCCUUUAUAAAAACUGUGGAACUGU